AUGUACAUUUUUACUCGUUCUAUUCCAAGUUGUUUGUCACCUGACAACAAUAAUGUGCAAUGGUGGUAUAUCAAAAAACUACCAUUAACCAAUGCAUAUUUGUACAUGGACGAGCAUAAUGUAAUUUUUCUUAGUGAUAUCACUCUGGCUGAAAGUGCACUUGGAAGAACGCUUGAGAGUAUCAAAACCAAUGAAGUUUUGAUGUUCAAUGACAAGCCUUGGCAGUUUGGUGACAAAAAUGAAAAUCAAGAGACACCUCUAAAUGGCCAGUGGCAACCUGAUCAGUAUGGUACAUCCAAAGGAUUUGUUGCACUUACCAGUUCUGGAAAUGGAAUUCACGUAAAACACACUAUGCCUGGUUUUCCUGCCAUUUUGCCCACUAAUAAUGAGGUUGCAAUGCCUUCAAGCUAUCCAGGAAAGUGGUUCCCUCAAGACUACCAUUUGGCUGAUGAACAAUCGAUUAAUUUGAAUAUCGGUCAUUCAUUUUUAUGUCAUACUCUUAUCGGCCUUAGCAAUUUAGAGAUGACUGCAUUUUUUAAUACUUUAGUGCCAUUGGUUCCAAAGAUUUAUUUUAACACAUUCAGUGAAAGAAAUCUAAGAUUCUUGAAUAAUAUAUUUGAAGGAUCAAUCGUUGAUUCCUCAGCCAAACAGUACAUCAGCCCAACUAUUGAAAUCCACAGUGGUUUACAAUCAAGUGCUUGGCAAUCUUUCUUUGGAUACACUACCGUUCCUAGAGAUGCCGUUGCAACUGCUAGUUUUAGUAGUUUGGUCGAGAAUAGAUUGCCAAUUGAUUUUUCAAAUCAAUACAACAUACCUUUGGAGAGUAGACAUUGGAUAUCGGAUGUCGAGGCACCAGGAUUUGCAUUUGACAAACUCAGAAUAUGUCUUGGUGAUUACCAUCCAACUUUGUCUUCAUCACCUGCCUCGUUUGUGUGUGUUGUUACCUCGAGUGCUGCCAAUACUUUCCUAAUCAAUACUGCCUACAAACUUAGAUCAAGUAUUUGCUCGUCACUUGAUUGUGAGACUAAACUGCAGAGUGAUUUCAAUGGAAAAGGUCAAGUUAGAUUCCAAGUCAACACUGUCAGUACCAAUAUCGGUUCACUCCUUUCUCGUACUCCAUUCGAUUCAAGUCUUCCUGAUACUGAAUUGACUGUUGUACCUGCUUCCGAUCCGUCAUGUCAGAGUGAUUGUGGUAUCUUUGAAUAUCAAACCAAUGAAUUUGCUUCUGUUGAUAUUGUCAAGUAUUACACUCCUGAGAUUAGAUUGUAUCUGAAGGAUAAUAAGAGAGGUAUUAGUAUUCAAUACUAUUCUGAAGACUCUGAAUACAUUGUAUACUCUACCAUUCUAAAGUAUCAAGACAAUCUAUUUUCACCAGAGACUGUCAGUACUUACGAUACAAAUGUAUUAAUGUUUUAUCGUACUUUACAAAUGUUGGUAGAUUUGUAUCCAAUUGUCAACACUGAUAGCACUUUCACACAACCACAAAUUACAGUUAAAAUUAAUAAUCAACACACAGCAAUAAUCAACGAUAACAACAACUACGGAAUACAAAUCGAUAACUUGUGUAUUGAUGAUUUGUUCCUUUCAUAUUCUUAUCACUACAUAACAUCAUUAAAUAAUAACUAUAAAUUAGAUUCUCUAAAUAUUAAUGAUCGAAUUCAACAACAAGAAUCAGAUGAAUAUGCAGAACAAUUGGCAACAAGCAAAGCAUUGAUUUAUUCUUUCGCGCUCAAAUUCAAACAGGAUAUUUUCCCAUAUCUGAGAUCAGAUAUAAAACAAAUCAUUCAUUGUGAUUCACCUGUUUCACUUGAAAUCUAUCAAAAGAAUGGAGUUGUUCAACCAGUUGCUCGUUCUUCAGGACUCAUUGCAUCAUUCCUUUGGGAUAUCAUCGAUAACCAAGCUGAUCAAGAUGAGAUAUUCUAUCAAGAUAGCUUUACCAGUGGAUUAGAUUCCUUAUCAUUCCCACUGAUCAAAGAGAUCAUCAAAGAGAAUGUUCCAUCCGAUAUAUUCACAGUCAUUGAUGUUCUAAAGUCAAAGAUUCAGAGUUCUGUCAUCGACACAACAAUGAUUUUUGACAACUUAGAUCGUGUCAUGAAUUUAAAUUAUAUUUACAAAUGUAAUUUCUGUUUGGAUAGUCCAACAAAUCCACCAACAGACCCAAUUUAUGAGAUAUUAGGAAGAUAUCAAGUUUGUGAAUCGAAUUUCCAAACACUUUCACUCAGUAAACUUUAUGAAACUGUUGGAAAAUGGGUUCAAUUUGAUGAACAUCAAAUAUCAUCCAAUGUUAUUUGGGAUUCAAUUUACGAAUCUCCAUUGAUCAGAUAUUUACGUAGUUCACAAUAUUUGAAGAAUCAGAUUGGUAUUCGAGAUAGAUAUUACUGUAAUAAUCCAAUGCACCAAGGUGAUCCAUUCUCUUCGAUCACUCCACUUGGUCUUGAUAUUAUCACGGAAUUGAUUGGUGUGUUAACUCAAACAGAAACAGUUAUCACCUAUGGAGACCACCUUUCAACCUAUUUUAUUCCAUUGGAGAAUGAACCAGAGGAAGGUUUUGGAAUUGUCAUGUUUGAUGGAAAGAUCUGUAGCUUUACUCAUUCAACAAAAGUUGAGUUUGAAAGUGGAGAACUUCUUCAAAGUUGUCCAGUUGAUCCAUUCAUUCUCUCCGUUGGACCAUUGACAGGUGACACCAAAGAUGAAACAACACUCAUCAUCAAAGGUCGAAAUCUUCAAUAUCUCCUAGUAAAGUUUGGUGACAUUUACCUCGAAGACUGUGACUAUACCAAUGAAGAUGAUCUCCACCAAAAGCAAUGUACAAUUCCAUCUGGACUUGGAACCAAAUCGAUUUCAAUCACUACACCAAAAGAACCUUCACUUAGACUUCCAAACACAUUCCAAUUCCAAUACAAUGCACCAACAAUCAGUUCUCCACGACCAUCUGAACAAUUCAACACAGUAGGUUCAGAGAUUACACUUUAUGGAAGCAAUCUUUUCUCCAUGACAUCAACAGUAAACGACAUUAAGUUAAAGAUUGGUGGAGUCUCAAUCGCAUUGAUCUCUGGUGGCAUCCAAGAUUCAAAAGAAUAUAUUACAUUUAAAACCAGAGGAUCUGGAUGGAACAAAAAUAUUUCAAUUGAAGUUGGUGGUCAAAUUUAUGAACAACUUGACUUUAUUGAUCAUAAAGCACCAAACAUCGAUUCAAUCUCCAAAGUAAUGUGGAAAACCGAUGGAGAAGAAGAUAUAAUUAUCACUGGUUCUCAAUUUGGUGAUGAAUCUCUGACAAUUGAUGAAUCACCAAUCUCGAGUUUGACCUGCAAUAGUCUCAUUCGUGUCAGUGACAACAAGAUUACUUGUAAAUCUGUCAUUGGUGGUGGAAAGAAUCUUAAAUUCAGUAUUCAUGUCGAUUCACAACAAUCCAACUUUUUACCUUUCGAUUAUAUUGCACCAACUAUUCUUCAAGUUGUUCAAGAACCAUUCGUCAACACAUCAUAUGGAGGUAAUUUCUGGGUUGUUGGUCUCAAUCUUGCAACAAUGACCGAGUUUGUUCCAUCAGUUAAUAUGUCCAAUGAUCAUUAUCAACUUUAUGAGUGUAUUGUAGAUGAAGAAAGUGUUUGUUUUCCAAACAAGUUAUAUUCAAAUGAAGAUGGUCAAGUAAUUGAAGUACCAACACAACAAACACCAGAUAAAGAUUUCGAUCCAUACAUUGAAAUAGAUAAGGAAUUCAGAUCAAUGGAAUUUGAUUGUAUUAAGUGUAGACUACCAGCAGGUGUUGGAAAUGACAACAUUGUCAUUCUUGAAGUUCUUCAACAACUAUCUGGAAAUUCAACAGACUCACUCGUUUUCCCAAGACCAUUAAUCUCCAAAGUAAUCAACAAUACAUCUGGAACUGAUGGUUCAGUAACACUCUCAAUUUUUGGAACGAAUUUCUCACCAAAAGAACAAAAAUUCGUUUAUGAUGAAGAAUCUGAGGAUUAUUAUGAAGUUCCACUUAUCGAAUAUGAACGUGGAUUUGACAGAAGUAAUAUUUCCAUUGGUCACUACCAUUUUAAGAAUAUCACAUGGGUGAAUUCAUCAUUGGUACACACAGAGAUCUAUGCUGGUGUUGGUGCCAAUCUUACAAUUUCUCUCUUCUUGGGAAAUCAAUCAAUGUUAAACAUUGAACCAAAUCAAAUUCUAUUUAAUUUCUCAUAUGAAAGACCAAAUAUCUCGGCGAUUGUUGGAAAUUUGAAUACAAGUGCCAACAAUGAAAUUACAAUCAAUGGUUUCAAUUUCAUUCCCAAAAAUCAAACGUUUUUGAAACAAUCAGAUUUCGACACCAGUUAUUUAACAAUCGGAGAAAACAAUUGCACAACACCAACUUGGACAAACUCAACUUCAUUUACAUGCACUCUCCACCCAGGAAUUGGUGCCAACUUGACAUUAACCGUUUUCAUUGGAAAUCAAUCGAAUAUCGAUGGAGUCAAGAAUUUCUCUUAUUCUGAACCUCACAUUAAGAGUGUAGAUUCAAGUGAUACCAAAGGAGGAUCAGUCAUUACAAUUCAUGGUGUCAACUUUGUUCCGAAAGAUGUUGAUCCAAAAGACUCUAAAGUUUUAAUCGAUGACGUUGAAUGUAAAAAUAUCAAUUGGAUUGAUCAAGACAGAAUCGAAUGCACUCCACCACCUGGAAUUGGUAAAAAUAUAUCGUUGGAAGUUGGAAUCGCCAAUCAAAAUACAACUGAAAACAUAUUCAAAUACAAUGAACCAAGCAUUGAAGAGAUUCCAAAUGUUUUGACGCAUGGUGAAUUGAUCACAAUCAAAGGAACCAAUUUCGUUCCGAAAGAUGUUGAUCCAAAAGGUUCCAAUCUCACCAUUAAUGACGAACUUUGUGAUGAUAUCACAUUCAUCGAUGAAACACAAAUAUCAUGCAAAUUCCUCAAAGGUAUCGGAAAAGACCAACCAUUAUCGAUAUCGAUCGAUUCACAAAGUGUCAAAGCUAAAUUCAAUUACAAAAUACCAGAGAUUACAGAAAUACCAAACAGUGAUACAUCUGGAUCAACGAUCACAAUCAAAGGAGAUAACUUUGUUCCAAAAGAUGUUCAAGAUGGUGGACCAACCUCGAGUUAUGUCGAAGUCAAUGGAAAGAAAUGCACAGAUUACGAUUGGAUCGAUCACAAUCAACUUUCAUGUAAAAUACCAAUUGGUAUUGGAAAGAAUGUUCCAUUUAAACUUUACAUUGGAAAACAAACACAUUCAAACAAUCAACAUAUCGAUUAUAAUCCACCUUCACUGCCAAGUGAUUCAGAUUAUUCGGGACCAACCAAUGGUGAUUUGACUUUGAUGAUCACAGGAUCAAACUUUGUACCUUCUGAUUUGGCAUCAUCAACACCAACCAAUGAUCAAAACAAUUAUGUAAAGAUUGGUGGUAAAUCAUGUCAAUCACUGACUUGGAAAGAUUCGAACUCAUUACAAUGUAAGAUUCCAAUUGGUACUGGUGUCAAGAAAUCAAUUGAAAUCAAAGUUGGAGGUCAAUUAAAUCAACAAAAUACCUAUUUCUCUUAUGACAAACCAACAAUACGUGAAAUAACACCAGAGAAAGGAAGAAUGGCAAGAAAUACAAUCGUCACUAUCAAAGGAACCAAUUUUGGAAAUGUCCAAGAUAAAGUCAGCAUCGAUGGUAAAGAUUGUAAUGUUUUCACAUGGAAUCAUGAACAGAUUGUAUGUGUUGCUCCUCAAUCCAGUUCUGAAGGUGAGAAAACAGUUUCAGUAACAGUUGACUCACAACAAUCGAAUCAAAACAUCAAAUACACCUAUUAUGACAAACCAAAGAUUGAGAGAAUCGAACCAAAAGAAGGAUCAAUCGAUGGAGAUGAACAAUUGACAAUCUAUGGAUCGAAUUUGAUUGAAGAUGGAAGUACAUUGAAGGUAUACUUUAAGAAACAAGAAUGUCCAGUUGUUUCUUCAACAAAAGAUCAAAUCGUAUUCACCAACAAGAAAGGAGCUGGUCAAAACAUUGAAAUUUAUAUCAAAUUGGUAAAUUCAAAACUUUCUGAUCAAAUUUCAAAUACAAACACUGAAUUCUCUUUCACUGGUCCAUCUAUCAGCAAAAUUAAUCCAGAAUCUGGAGAUAAGAACACGAAACAACCAAUUGAAAUUACUGGUACAAAUCUUGGACUUGUUGGAGAUGAACCAUCUGUCAUGAUUGGCUCGAAAGAAUGUUCCAAUGUCAAAGUGAUCUCAUCAUCAAAGGUGACAUGCAUUGUUCCAACUUCUUCAACUGCAAAAGUAGAACCAGUCAAGUUAACCUUUUAUUCUAAAGAAGCCACCUCAUCCUAUGAGUACACUGAAGAAGAAAGCAGCAGUGAAAGUGAAAGUAGCAGUAGUGACAGUGUAUCUGAUAGCACUGAAGAGCCUGAGCCUGAGCCUGAAGAAAUUAUCACCCAAAUGUUCUAUAUUAUUGGAGUUCCACCAAUUGUUUGGCCAGUACCACCAGGUCCACCUCCAAUCAUCCCAGUUCCUGUUAUGGUUGUAAAUGUUCUAAAAGGAUCGACUGCAUUCGAAAUCUUUAGAAAAACGAUGAUAUUGAAAACACCAGACAAUUUUGAAUUCCCAUUCUCAGACUUUGACUCUAUCAAGAUCGAUUGGGGAAAGAUCACAUCCUCUAGUCUCACCAAAUCUAAAUUUAAAAUUAAAAUUAGAUUCAAGAUUAGUUUCAAAUUAAAGAGUGGAAAAUCAUGGUCAUGCGAAUCUGACAGCUCUGAUGAAGAUGAUAAUGAUUCAGAUGGAUGGACUCGACCAACAGUAGAAGGAGGUCCACCUCAAGGUAAAUUCCCACAAUGGUUAUUGCCAGCUGGAAGCGAUCCAAAUCAAAUUCCAACUGAAUUACCAAACCCUCCAGCACUCCUCCUCAAAUCUAAAAUCAAAGGUCGUCUCUUUGAAGACAAGAAUCAAAACAUGAAAUUUGAUGGUGAUGAUACUCCAAUCACCAAUAAUCAAACGUUUAUGAUUGGAAUUGUCAAUGAUGAUGGAGAUUACACCAAUGGUAAAGUCAACUCUGAUGGAACAUAUGAAGUGGAGACUGACAAACAACUUGGUCUUUACACUUUGGUUGUGACAUCAAUACCAAUAUUUAGCAAUGCAAACUACUUCCUUCCACAAACCAGAUUCCAUAUUCCAUUCACUUUUGAAGGAUAUGAACAGAAUAUUCCUGUUUUCACCAAAUCACCACUUGGAUGUUUGGGAACUGUCGAAACCUAUUCAAAGAAGAUCACAUUACAAUAUGGUGAAUAUAAUUUGUUGGAUUUCGGAGUCUACAUGUUUGAAACUUCCACUCCUAAAUUCCCAGAUUAUUGUCAAGUCAAUCUCUUUGCAAAUAAGAUUGCCAUCAAAUAUAAGACAACAUCAGAUUUAACAUUAUUCUUGGAUACCAAUUUAGAUGGAAGUCCAGAUAGCUCAAUAUCUUCAGUUGAUUACGAUGUUUUAUCGACUGUUGAUGGAAAACAGUUAAUUCGUAGCUAUUCUUAUAAGGAUAAGAAAUCAUUUGAUUUACCAUCGAGUUCAUACAUUCGAUUCAAAGAAAGUACAGAAAUGACACCAAUCAUCAACAACUAUUAUGUUAAAGUUGAAGAUCCAAAUAAGAUUUCAACAAUUUCAAGCAAACUUGGAUUCAUAAACAUUGCACCAUCAAAGACGAUCUCAUUCACUGGUUCCAAUUCACAAAUACUUUCACUCACCUUUGGAAAGUUCACCAAACAAUUCUUUACCAAUAUCGAAUGGACUGACACCACAUUAUCAUUCACACCAAAGACCAAUCAAACUGUAAUUUUCAGCAAAGAUGAUGAAGACACCAAUGGUCGAAUCGCCUCACCAAAUGGAAAUCAAUAUGUUCUCAACAAAAUCACUUUUGGAAAUGUUGAAAUUGUCAAUCAAUAUCUAUUCUCAAAUGUAAUUCCAAGUACUGGUGAUAAGAUUGUGAUAUCGAAUGAUUACCCAUUCAAAACAGCAUCCUAUUUUAUUGAUUCCGUUCAAAUUAAAUGUGAUGUUCUUGAUUCACUCCAUUAUAAAUGUGAUAUCCCAGCGUCAACUGGAGGAGUAAAUACCAAACAAAUUACAUCCAAAUGGAAUGAUAUGAAUCUUUAUAACAUUCAUACUCUCACCUAUUCUCAAUCACAAACCACCACAACAUCAUCAACAACAUCCAGCACUGGAACUUCAUCAACUACUGGUGGAGUAACCACCACUGGUGAGAUAACUACAAGCUCAUCAACUACUGGUGGAAUAACCACCACUGGUGAGAUAACAACAACUUCAACAACAUCAACAACUGGUGGUGGUGGUUCAUUUUCAAGCUAUAUCUAUGGUUAUAUUCACGAUGACAGAAAUUAUAACAAUCAAUAUGAUCAAGGUGAACCAUUCUUGACAAACUUCAAAAUUCAAGUUAUUGGAAAUAAUAACUUUGAUUAUAGAACCACAAGUAAUGAAAGUGGAAUCUUUGAAUUCAGAGUUGUCGAACCUGGAACUUACAAGAUCACAAUUGAUUCAGAUAUCGAUGAAAUACCAUACUUUAUUCCAAUACAAACUGUUUAUGUCAGAGUUUCCAAUCAACUCACAAUUGUUUCAAAUAUUACUGUUUUCUCGAAAUCAAAUUAUGAAUGUUUCGGAACAAUAUCCAAUGCAGAACGAGAAACACUUUCAAUUCAAUAUGGUUCAUUUGAUUUAUCAAACUUUAACUAUAAUUUUAAUUCAUAUUAUCAAACCUAUUCAUUCCCACCAAUUUGUAAUGUAAUCUUGGAAGACUCAAUUAUUACAGUUAAAUAUAAAUCAAUGUUAAAUUUAUCAGUUUUCUAUGAUGAGAAUUUCAAUGGAUUAAAUGAUGAUAAUGCAACAUACCCAGUGAAUAUAUCAGUUUUAGUUCAAUCGAAUUUGAAAGGUAAACAAUUGGAAAGAUCGUUUAUCAUUGAUAAAGCUCCAUACUUUAUUGUGACGGAUAUUCCAGGUGACUCUUUUAUCAAUAUGACACAAAGAACAGAUUCAUGGAAUACAACAAUCGGAUUCAACACCAAAAACUAUUCAAUUCCAGAUGCAACAUUAUUCUCAACAAUCGAUGACAGUUUAAUAUUGUUUACAUCGAAUCCAAACAACACAAUAUCAUUAUUCAAUGACAGAACUAUCUCAAACAACACUCUUAUCAUUCCAUUUGGCAAAUACAAUUCAACAUUCUUUGAUAAUCUUUCAUGGAAUACUUCAAAUUUGACAUUGACCACAAUGCCAGAUCAAAUUGUUGUAAUAACAUUGAACAAUGGUUCAUCGAUAGUCAUUGAAAACAAUCAAACAGCCAACUUUAUUAAUUUCAAUAUUACAACAAUUGAAUUGAUCUAUUUAGAUCUUUUCAAAGAACUCCCAUUGAUCCCAUUGGUUGGUGGUUCUAUUAAGUUAUUCAAUGUUUAUUGGAAUUAUUCGAUUCAACCAGAGUUAUCAAUUGAAGGAUUCAAGAUGAACUGUUUAAUUUCAUCAAUUGACUCAUCUUUUGUUGAUUGUUCAGUUCCACCAUAUUUGAUUGGUGAUCUCAAGAAAGCAAUCAAAGUUACUUGGAAUGGAAUGGAUUUGUACCAAAAUGGAUUUAUUACCUAUGAAACACCUUUGACAACAACGUCAACAACAUCAACCAGCACCACUGGAAUUCCAACAACAACUGGUGGUUCUGACACAACAACGACUGGUGGUUCUGGUUCAACUACGACUACAUCGACAACUGGUGAUUCAACAACAGCCGGAAGUACAACAGCUGGAAGUACAACAGGAGGCACAACUCAAACAACUUUACUUGUUGGAUACCUAUUUAAUGACACCAAUUUCGAUGGAAUCUUUGAUUCUUCCGAAAAACCAAUGAGAAAUAUCAAAGUUGAAAUUGUUGGACCUGUCAAUUCAAGUACAACAACCUCAUCGACAGGUCAGUUUAGUUUCAUCAAUUUGAUUCCAGGAUCAUAUGAAAUCAAAGUCGAUUUCAAUGAAUCAUCAAAGUUCUACAAUCCAAUUGGAAAUUAUACAAUGCAGGUCACCAAUCAAUUUAUGAUCCAAAGAAACAUUGCACUAUUCUGGAAAUCACCUCUUGGAUGUGUCGGAUCAGCAACAACAUCAGAUUGGACAUAUUUGGUUCAAUAUGGAUCACACAACUUGACAAUAUUCAAGUUGAAUACCACAAAUAUCAAUUCAACAGCAUUUGUUCUUCCAGACUAUUGUGUUGGAACUGUUGUCAACAAUGAAACAAUUGAAAUCAAAUACAAAACUUCAAUCAAUUUAACAUUGUAUUAUGAUAUUAAUAUCAACGGAACACUCGAUGAAUCAGAUCUCAAAGUCAAUAACACUGUCAAUUCAACAAUCAUGAUCACAUCGAUUGUCAAUAAUCAAACAAUCAUCAGAAACAUGACAUCAUUGAUGAUUCCAUCGACAUUGUUGAUUGAUCUUCCAUCGAAUUCAACAUUCACAAUCAUUUCAGAUCCACAAUCCAAAACAUCAGCAAUUCUCAACAACCAUCAAAUCAGUUUAUCAAACUUCACAACAUUACACACAGUUAAUCAAUCAUUUGCAUUCUAUAAUGAAUAUCAAAACAACACAUUGACACUUGGAAAUAAUGAAACAAUCUCAACAUUCACAAUUCCAUAUGGUAAAUACAAUGUAUCGUACUUGGCAACACUUGGAUUCAAUUCAAGUUCCAUUAAAUUCAGAACCAAUGUCAAUCAAUCAGUAUUACUAAACUAUGAGACUGAAACAUUAAACAUCUCAAAUAGUACCAUUCAAGUGUUUAACACAUCAGGUCUUGAUUCAAUCGAACUUUAUGAUCCAAAUCUAUUCAAUAUUUCAUUCAUUCCAAGUCAUGGAUCAUCAAUCAAUCUAACCAACAGAUAUUGGAAUUUGAAUCAAGCAAAUAUUUCAAUUGAAGGAGUCAAUAUCGAUUGUCAUAAACUCAAUGAUACUGACCAAUUCGUAUCAUGUUCAAUUCCAAGAUAUAUUGUUGGUAACUGGACAAGAUCAGUUUCGAUUUCAAUGAACAACCACACACUUUAUCCAAACUACACAAUCACCUAUCAAAACAAUUGUUCGAAUUGUACUCUUGAACAAAAGUUACUCUCCCAAUGGACUGUUGAUAAUGUUAACUAUUACCAAUAUGAAGCGAAUAUCACCAAUUAUGGAAGUCACGAUCUUUCAUUCAUGGAGAUAUCAAUUGGUAAUGAUGAAAGCAUUUCAAAUAUGUGGGGUGCCACCAAACUCCAACAAUAUCUCUACUCAUUGAACAUUGAAGGUGUAUUUAAGAGCAAUACAAGUGACAAUCUUGUUUACAUCACCAACUCAAGUAAACCACUUGAUCUUUUCAUUGUUUAUUGCACAGAGUUUAUUUCAACACCAAUACCAACAACACCAAUAACACCAGAACAAAGUUCAAACAAAGUCAGAACAUCAUCUUUUAGAAGCAUGUCCAACAACAACAAUGACAACAACUGUAACUUUGAGAUCACACAAACAAUCAUGAGUAAUUGGACAACAGGUGAUCAACAUUAUACACUUUACUACAUGGUAAUGAAGAAUAUCGAUAACACCACCACCAAUAAGCACCAACAUGUCGAAAUCACAAUCGACACAAACAUUGAAUCGAUCUAUGGAAUCAAAGAACAAACAACAACAAACAACUAUUCAAUCGAUAUCGACACUGACAACAAACAAUUACAAAAAGAAUUUGUCAUCAUUACAACCAACACUGACAUUGAUCCAAUCAUUUCAAUCAAUCAAUGUUCUUAA